AUGGGCUGUUAAAAUUCAACUGGUUAAGUAAAUGAUAUUCAAGCAAAAAACAGUGCUAACUUAGUUUUAGGUUAUUGGGGACUUCCAUUAAGAGGUCAACCUCUCAGAUAUAUCUUAGAGCUUGCUAACUAUCCUUACACAGAAACUAAAUACACUUUAUCUCAAGCUACUGAUUGGUUUGGUAAAGAUAAAUAAGAACUAGAAUUAGAUUUCCCAAAUCUUCCAUAUCUCAUUCAUGGUGAUUUCUCAAUUACAGAGUCUUCUAAUAUUGCAAACUAUUUGAUCCAGUUAACAAAAUAAUAUUAUCUUCAAGGAGAAGGCUAAGAUAAAUACAGAGUUGAUAACAUUAGAUAUGUAUGCGAUGAACUGGCAGCUAAAAUAUUUUCAUCAACUCUCUAGAAGGAAGAAGAAAAGAAGAAUUAAUUAGACACUUAAAUUCUUCCUAAAAUUAAAUAGCUCUAAAAGGUAUUAGGAACUUAGACUUCAUUCUUCAAGAAAUUGACUUUAGCAGACAUUUAUGCUUACACAGCAUUGGCCUAUUUCAAAAAGACAUACUCUAAGGAAUAUCAGCAAUUCUCAUCAGACUUCGAUCCUUUUUUAAAGAGAUUUGAAGAAAUUCCUAGAAUAAAAAAUUAUCAUCAAUCUUAAAGAUAUAAAAAGUUAUGA